ACCAAUCAUGGAAUCAAAUGCAUGGAAAUGUAGACAAUGUUCAGUCUAUAAUGAACAUGCUAGAAAAAUAUAAAUUAAUUGAAAAUGAUUUGGGGAGACAAAGCACCAUCAAUGAAUACCGAACGUUCAAAGAAAGCAGUAAAACUUCAACAUCUGGCAUAUUAGGUGGCUACAGUAAUGGCCACACAACAUCCCAAGACCUAAAAUCUGCCACAGAGUUGGAGAAUUCCUUCAAACUGGAAUCAUAUUUCUCUAGGGUAAGAGCACUAUCUGCUGAACAAAUACACAGUCACAUAAA